AUGCCUCCUCAGAGGCGUGGAGCUGCCGCCAGCUCCUCCUCGGCAGGUCCCAAGCGUGCGCGCCCCUCCAAGCUCGCCAAAGAGAACAAUAUCAGCGCAGAAGAAGAGAAUGAAAUCAAAGAGGUCUUCCAUAUUUUCGCCGAUAAGCACAAGGAUUUCCCCGCAGAGAAAGAGGGCGUCGUUCCACGAGAAGACGUGCGAAAAGCACUCGUCGCCCUAGGCCUUCCUCCAGAAGACUCUACUGAACUCUCCGAGAUCCUCUCCGCCCUCGACCCAACUAGUACAGGCUACAUCCCAUACGGCCCUUUCGUUUCCGUUGCUGCCGCGAAACUGCGCUCGCGUGAUGACGAUGCCAUGGUCGAAGAAGUAGAUCAUGCAUAUCAGCUUUUCACACGCGGAACAGACGGGCCGAUAACAAUGAACCACUUGCGGCGCAUUGCGCGCGAGCUGAAAGAGGAUUCGGUGGAUGAUGAUUUGCUUCGGGAUAUGAUUGCUGAAGCUAAUGGGGGUGCGGGCUUGAGUGCGGGCGUUACAUUGGAGCAGUUUCAUGAUGUCAUGACGCGCGCGGGAGUUUUCUAG